UGGGCUCCUACGCUCCCACAUUUCCCAACUGUCGUUCGUAAACUUAAUCAGCUGAGGAAUAUUUUUGUCGUGCAUAGGGUUACUUAAAUCAUCAUCACUAUUCUUGCAGCUAUGGUAUAACAUCCUUAUUCUUUGUAGAAAAGUUACUCUUUCUUUAGGAUUGCAAAACGGUAAAAAAAAAAGCAAACUAUACAAUUCUGCACAUCAUCUUUUGUUAGAGUGAUCUCUUGCGCCUAGUUGUUCUUUCCCACUUCGUAUAGUCGUUCGAUACAUGCUCCCCUCAUCUUAGUAUAACACUGUUAUUAUAUAUUCCUGAUACAAACGGUUAAGUUCAAAUUUGGGAUCAAACGAAGUUCGCAACUCGUAAAAAAGAAAAGUAGAAAAAAAAAAACGCAAAAAAAAAGACCUCAUUUUUCUCAUAUUCAUUCAAUCUAUCGAAAUAAAAACUUAGAGUUGACAUACAAUACUGUCGCCACUAUUCCAACAUCAAUACUCAAAUAGAGGUCUUGCACUUAGCGUACCCUUACAGUCGAGCGCGUAUACCUGACGACAACGACUCGGCAUAUCAAGUCCCAUUUCCGGAAGAAAAACACCAUACAUAUUCUAAUCUUUAUAUCUACUUGUGGUAAACGGGGUAAAUCAUAAUCAGAACCAUCAAAUUAAAUCCCCGACCAAUAUAUUUGGACAGUAUAUCUCUCAAAUAAUAUGGAAUAUCUCAAGUUUGCAUCAAUCCCUUCCGGGGAACAUAAGGGUAAACAACACAUCAUUAUAGUCGGUGCCGGUAUCAUCGGUGUAUGUACCGCAUAUUACCUUACUACUCAUCCAAAGUUCGAUCCAUCUAAAUAUCAUAUUACUAUAAUUGAAAGUAAGAGAGUUGCUGGUGGAGCCAGUGGUAAGGCCGGUGGACUACUUGCAUUAUGGGCGUUCCCUCAACAGAUUGUCCCACUUUCAUUUGAUCUCCAUCAAACCCUUAGUAAUAAAUACAAUGGUGAAGAAGAGUGGGGGUAUAGAAGACUUACAACAGUUUCACUUGAAGGGGAUUUGACUAGAGUUCCUGAAUAUGAAUCUAAUUCUGAAGAAUCAGACGAAGAUGACGAAGAUAAUGAGAAUUCGAAAGAAUCCAUACAAGACAAUAAAUCAACUAAUGAAUCAUCCCCCAAACCACCAAAGAAAACAGAAAGAAAUACCAGAUCGAAAACAAAGAAACAACAACGAUUACCGUCAGACCUUAACUGGAUCAAUUCUGCCUUAAUAGACUCAUGUUCAUCACUUGGUGGUGCUGAUACCACUGCACAAGUACUUCCAUAUAAAUUCACAAAUUUUAUGUUAAAAAAGGCAGUGGAAUAUAGUAAAGGUUCAAUUGAACUUAUACUAGGUAAAGUUGAAGAAAUAAAAUAUUCAAUGGAAACUGGUCAAGCUACUGGUGUUACAUAUAAACCUACAUCCCCUAAAUUUGAUUCUUCAGAGCUUAUAGAAAUUUCAGGAGAUCAAAUUGUUCUUUCAGUUGGUCCAUGGACUUCUAAAAUCUUACCAGACUGUCCAAUAUCUGGACUAAGAGCACAUUCCAUCACGGUUGCACCAUUCAAAGAUCAACCAGUUUCUCCAUAUGCCAUUUUCACCGAAUUGAAGACUGGUCCAACAUCAUAUAUCUCACCAGAAAUUUAUGCUAGACAUGAUGAAGUUUAUGUUUGUGGAGAAGGGGACUCUGCAGUUGAUGUUCCGGAAACUACUGAUGAUGUUGAGGUUGUCAAAUCCAAAUGUGAUGAAUUAUUUAAACAAGUGGGGAAAAUUUCACCAAAUUUACGUAAGGGACAUAUCUUAAAGAGGCAGGCAUGUUACUUACCAGUUUUAGAUGUUCCAUCAUCAAGCGGACCAUUGAUCGGAGAAACAAAUGUUGAAAAUUUAUAUUUAUGCUCAGGACAUUCAUGUUGGGGGAUUAACAAUGCUCCCGGUACUGGUAAAAUUAUGAGUGAACUUUUAUUAGAAGGGAAAUGUGUCUCAGCAGAUAUUUCAGCAUUAGAUCCUUCUCUUUAUUUUGAUGCCAGUGUUUUGGUGAGUGAUAACGAGUAUGAAGAUUCAAGUUCAGAAACUGGUGAUAGUGAUAGUCUGUGGUCUAACGAAUAAAUGAAGAAGAGGAAGAGAAUGAAUAAUUAGGAUGGGAAGUAAUAUUUUGAAUUGUAUAAAUAUUUC